AUGGAGAUGCAGCUUUUGAAGGUGUGCCCACCCUGGCCAACCGUCCCCUUGGAUUACACAGUACAUGGCCUCCCGGGCAAAGCCACAGAUGACUUCUGUAAGGAUGGGCAGUGGGCAGAGAAAACAACAUAUGACAAUAUGACUAGGGAGAAGCUGGACCGGAUCCUGUCUGUGAUCCAGGGUUCCCAUCAGAAGGCUCUGGUGAUGUACUCCAACCUCGACCUGAGGACCCAGGAGGCUUAUGAGAUGGCUGUGAGAAGCUUGGUCCAGCCCAUGAACAAGUUCCCAAUGCUGGUAACUUGUAUUAGAUGCCUCCACUUUGCACCUCUGGAAUUCCUCUUAGAGAUUCAAUGCAUACAUGGGACGCAGAAGCAGCUGCGGAAGCUAGUGCUUGAAAUCGGCCUGGAGCUCAAGACCACUGCUGUCUGUUCCCAAGUGCAGCACACAUGUGAUGGCUUCUUCACACUGGGUGAUGCCCUCCUGAGGACCCAGUGGGACCUACAUGGCAUCCAGGAUGUCAUCCAGGCUUCAGCCCCCGGGGUGGCAGCAGAACUGGAGAAGAACUUAAGGCCAUUGUAG